AUGAAUAUAACAGCAGUUACAACCAAGCAUCUAUUAAUUUUGUGCUGCUAUGGUGGUACUCCAUUUGUUGACUUCCAUGCCGGAUCAAAUUUAAAAGGAAAAUAUCAAUCAAUGCAUAGCGUUGAUCCGACUGAUUGGAUUGCUAUUGAUACCGCUGGUUCUGAACUCAAUUUAUCAUCAGUAAUUAUUGCACUACCAACUUUGUACAUACCAUCAGAAAUAAAAUUAAAUGCUUGUGAUUUAUUCAAUCUAACUUUCACCGAUACGGAAGAUGAGGCACUAUUCGAAAACAGUAAAGGCGAAAUUAAGUGCAGGUAA